AACCUUAAAGCAGAGAGGAGUUGGAGAGGAUGAGAGCGGGUACUGCGAACUGCCGGAUUAUGCUGUUGCUUUAAUAACAAGCAACAGUUCCACCGCCAAGCCCGCCCGGCUGCUGGGAGCUUCCUGACAUGCCCCAGACAACAACGGGCACCUAAAGCUCGUCCCGGAUUGAGCAAAGACAGACACCCUAAUGACUAAAUCUCAGGCGCACUAUGGAUUUGACUAAAAUGGGUCUGAUACAGCUCCAGAACCCCAGCCACCCCACGGGGCUCCUGCAGAAAGCCAACCAAAUGCGCCUUGCAGGGACUCUGUGUGAUGUGGUCAUCAUGGUGGACAAUCAGGAAUUCCAUGCUCACAGGACAGUGUUGGCUUGCACUAGUAAAAUGUUUGAAAUCCUCUUCCACCGCAACAGUCAGCAUUAUACCCUGGACUUUCUUUCACCAAAGACUUUUCAGCAGAUACUGGAAUACGCUUACACGGCCACCCUCCAGGCGAAAGUUGAAGACUUGGAUGAUCUUCUUUACGCAGCCGAGAUCCUAGAAAUAGAAUAUCUGGAAGAACAGUGUCUGAAGAUCCUGGAGACCAUUCAGGCAUCUGAUGAGAAUGAUACAGAAGUCAACAUGACGGAUGGUGGCACUGAAGAGGAGGAGGAUAGGAAAUCUAGGUACAUCAAAAACCUAUUCAUCUCCAAGCAUUCCAGCGAAGAGAGUAGUUAUGCCAGCAUGGCCAGUCAGAGUUUAACGGGGGCAAUGGUGGAGCAGAGCCCAUCUGUCUCGACUUCAUUUGGACUCUCCGCGAUGAGCCCCACCAAGGCGGCAGUGGAUAGUUUGAUGACCAUUGGGCAGUCAUUAUUGCAAGGGGCUCUACAGCAGAACGCCUCCGAGGACUUGCAUUCCACGAGCAGCCGCCACCCCAGUCUCUCCGAAGUAAAAACAGAAGUGAUGCAAGUGGAGGAGGCGUCUAGCCACGAAAGCCCAAGGACAGCAGAGUCCAGCACUUCUGGAGGGGACAAGUCGGAUGACAAAAGCAAGGAAGGCCCUGGUACUCCCACGCGUAGCAGUGUUAUCACAAGUGCCCGUGAACUUCAUUAUGCCCGGGAUGAGAAUGCAGAGCAACCCCUCGAGUUGGGCCAAGGAGUGCCAGUCGGACCGGAGCACUCGAUUUCUCAAAGCGAGAAACACCUGAGUAUAUAUUCAGUGCUACCAAAUCACAAAACUGACUCGAUGCUCAGCAUGCCAUCCUCCAUGACAUCGGCUCUUCACAUGCAGCCAGCUCUUGCCGUGUCCAUGGACUUCAGCGCUUACGGGGGGCUUCUGCCUCAAGGCUUUAUUCAAAGGGAGCUGUUCAGUAAGCUGGGUGAAUUGGCAGCUGGCAUGAAAACUGAAAACCGAGCCAUUGGUGAACAGUGCAGUGUUUGUGGCGCAGAACUGCCGGACAACGAGACGGUGGAACAACACAGGAAGCUGCACAGUGGUAUGAAGACUUAUGGAUGUGAGUUGUGUGGGAAACGAUUCUUGGAUAGCUUGCGGCUCCGAAUGCACUUACUGGCUCACUCAGCGGGUGCCAAAGCGUUUGUCUGUGAUCAGUGUGGUGCACAGUUCUCUAAAGAAGAUGCCCUGGAGGCGCACAGACAGACACACACCGGUACUGACAUGGCUGUCUUCUGCCUGCUGUGCGGGAAGCGGUUCCAGACGCAGACUGCCCUGCAGCAGCACAUGGAAGUGCAUGCGGGAGUGCGUAGCUACAUCUGCAGCGAGUGCAACCGCACCUUCCCCAGCCAUACCGCCCUCAAGCGGCACCUGCGCUCACAUACAGGUGACCACCCCUACGAGUGUGAAUUCUGUGGCAGCUGCUUCCGGGAUGAGAGCACAUUGAAGGGCCACAAGCGUAUCCACACUGGAGAGAAACCGUACGAGUGCAACGGCUGCGGCAAGAAAUUCAGCCUCAAGCACCAGCUGGAGACCCACUACAGGGUGCACACAGGUGAAAAGCCUUUUGAAUGCAAGCUGUGUCACCAGAGGUCCCGAGAUUACUCUGCCAUGAUCAAACAUCUCAGGACCCACAACGGCGCUUCCCCCUACCAGUGCACUAUCUGCCUGGAAUACUGCCCCAGCCUGUCUGCCAUGCAGAAACACAUGAAGGGCCACAAGCCAGAGGAGAUCCCCACUGACUGGAGGAUAGAGAAGACCUAUCUCUACCUUUGCUAUGUUUAAGGGACAUGGAGGGGGAAGAUUUUAAGUCAUGAAGGACUGGGCAAAAAAAUGCAUCAUCCAUGGCCUUUUAUUCUGUUAUUGUUUACUAAAGGGAUUCUCGGUUUUUGUUUCUGGCUCGUGAGGUGUUUGUGUGGGGGAGGGGGAAUAAUUCCCUUUUUAAUUUGGCGGGUUCUCUGUGCAGUCGAUGAGAAAACUCAUCCGAAUCGAGCCAUAGCCAAAUAUCUGCUCAUGUUUUGUGACGACGCACGUCAAGGGCUUUGGAAAGAGCAGGUGAAAUGUCGCUGGGUGGGAGGGGAAGGGGCAGUCCCAGCGCAAGCUUUGGGGUCUGAGAUUUUUGGGUUUGAAUUUUUUUGUCCCGUUUUUGCCACAUUUGCUUAAUUUACUCAGGCCUCAUCUACAUUUAAAAAUGAGGGCAGCCUACCUACCCUCAGUCAUCCGCUUUAUUCAGCUGCCCUCUCGUGCAACCUCACCAGUAGGUGGCAGUGUAACGCCUAUUGUUAAAAUCCCCUUCAGAGGUUUUCCCCCAAAAUUAGAUCGAACAUCCCUGUUUUUGGGGUACCCAGAAAUACCAGGGCAGAUGAUGCGCAGCAUGACAGGCUGUAUGCUCUGGAGGUUUGUUGGUCGUGCUAAUAAUGUGGCAGGUCACAUUGCAGUCAAGAUUUCCCCAAGUAACUAGUGAGUUGGGGAGCCUGGCAUUUUUUUGCCUGCCCGACUUGAGACGCCCUGAAUUUCAGAACAUGCUGAUCACCCUCGUCGGUGACUCCAACCGGGCAGCCGGAAUCACUAGUCAGUCUGGCAGAACUUGGCGUAAGUAAAGGCACAACCGGAAUUUUCCUCAGGAGGGGGCCCAGGGAGAUGACCCCUUCGGAGCCGGCAUCGGCCCCAGGUGGAGAAGACGGUGGGCUGUAGGUGCCCGUGGGCGCAGCAUGGCUCAGCUUGGUGUGUGGCUCUCAGAGAACAGAGCCAGCAACAGGCAAGUUUGUGGGGCUGCAGCCAGGGGAGGAAGUUGUGGGAUGUGCCACGCCUGGGCACCAAUGCCAGGGCAGGGCACAUCACAGGCAGCACAGGGCGGGAAGGUACCAUGCAGCCCCGUGGGCAUCCAGUGCCCCCAUUCCCCGUGAAAAGCCCUGGCAUCAAGGCUGCAGCCCCCUUCUUCCCUCCCUGCUCGGGAAAUGCCGGGGCCUCCCCUCCCAGCCAGCAGCACCAGGACUCUGGCCGGGGUUCUCCCGUUGGGCACCCCACCCAUUACCUCCUGGGUGCGUGGCAAGUCCCUGGCCGCUGGGCCACCCUGAACUGCUGUCUGGAGCAUGGGUGGCCGUAGCUGGGUCUCUCCUCAGAUCCAGCCAAGGGAAGGCUGUCCCCCGGCCCAUGUUGCACCUGCUUGGGCAUAAGUAAAAUUAACCUGAACUUUGCUUCAGUUUCCCCCCGCCCCACUGCCCCUGGGCUGCUGUGUUUCAGAUGGCAGAUAGUUUCCUGAAAACGUUUUCAGAUUUUAUUAAUAAAAUGUGAAAACAAACGGUUUUGGAGAAAAUGAAUUUGAAUAAAAAUUCAAUUUGAAGGAAACGAUUAAAAUAAAUUUGACGAUGGAAACUAAGUGAGCUUCAGAUUGCUUGCAUGCCUCUUAGUGCAGGGUGUCAGGAGCAUGCUGGCGACUUAGACUAGGAUAGUAAUUCUCCUGCUGCACAGGACAGGUAGGGUGACUUCUCAACCUAGUAUGGAGCAUGCCUUCCGAGUGCCCCCCUCAAUCAGACUCCUCAGUUAGCAAAGUUCUUGUUACGUUACCACUUGGAACGAUCAGAAACUGACCGCUGUUGAACCUCUCGUUCGUGCACAGAAAGUUGCCCUGGAUGUUUUGAUCAAUGUCACUGCUCCUCUUAUGGCCAAGUCCGUUGGUGCUGGUGGUUGUCCCGCUAUAAUAAAAGCUACUUGGGUAUUUUGGGCCAAAGCCAGUCUGUUCAAGAGCUUAGAACUUGGCUGCAAAAAUUGCCUCUAGGCUGUAACCCUCUCUCCUGACCAAAGACCUUUCUAUGCAUUUUUUUUUUGAGGGGAGGGAAUUAGAACCAGAUCAAAAGGGCAAAAACUUCCAGCCUGUUUGUCAAAUCCCAGUGGUUGGACAAGUGUGUCUUCAGAUGAGGGAGUCACAGUUCAAGAUGCUCUUAAACUGCCCCCUGGUGCCUGGGUAUUGCCAGGGGUCUGAAGGAAUGAUGGGUGAGCUCGUAUUCCCUCCUCCUGCAGACACAUGCAAUAUAUCCCCCUGGCUUGCAAUGCGUUACAAUGACUCAGGCUGGUUAAAUGCUAACCUGUCCGUUUGGCCUAAAUUUGUCAGAGAUUUGAGGAUUGGGGAGUAAUUCACAAGUUCAGGUGACGGAUUUUGUAUGUAUCCUGCUGCUCAGUAGCUCACUUUUGUGUCUCCGCUUAUGCUACGCCUUGCAAUUCAACAGUGCUCUUCUUUUUUAAAGUAAGAGUCCUUUAGAAACCAUCCCAUCUGGCUGCAAGAGCUUUGCUCUGAAUGGGGAGAUGCGUUUGGUUUUGGGUUUGUUUUCCAUGUUUCAUAAUAGAAACAUACCAAUUAAUUUUUUUGCUCAGCCCUCUGUCCAGGAAGCUAUGAAGGAGUGAAUGGUAAAAGACGGCUUUUCUUUGUGUUUGGCUUUGGGGGGUUUCGUUUUUGUUUUAAUUUUGAAUAUUUCUGUUUAGCACAUUUUACUUGAAAUUACCUCGGUUUUUUGUGACCUCAUGAGCUUUUAUUGCUGGGUUGGAGGUUUUUGUUUUGUUAAAUGGAUGGGUUGUUUAAAAGGCCAUGCCGCAGAUCGGUGACAUGCGGUGUAAGAAUCGCAUGCUCGGUGAGUGCAAAAGUGCCACAACAGCCGCAAAAGUAAUUUUACGGUGGUUUUUGUGCAUUAUCAUUACCAAAAUUGGUAUUUUUUUAACGGCCUGCCUUGACAGAGCUGGGGUCGUUGAUUCUGAAAGCUACCUCUUAUGUUUGGUUUUUGUUUUUAUUUUGCAGUUAUGAAAGCACAUUUUGCAAUAUUUGUGUUCGCUUUGUGAUGUCAUUUCAAUUUUCAUCUCAUGCUUUACUUGCAAUUGUAUAUUAUUUUGUAACUUAGCUGCAUUUAUAUUAAACAAAAAAAAGUUAGGGAAGCGUUUUGUAGAUGGAAGUAAAGGGAAAAAAAUGAGGGGUGUUAUACUGCUGUGCCCACCCUACCCCCAACCUUGUCUCAACUGUCAGGAAAAAUUUGAAGGCCUUAAAACUGGGGGAAAUAACUUCAUGUGACAGUGGAGCAGGGUAACUUACCGUUUAGUGAAGAUUUAGUGCUUUGAAAAGGAAAGAGUUAAACUUGAAUAUGUGACUAGAACAGUAGAGUCUUGUUUAUAAUGUGAAAAAUGUGAGUAUAAAAUCACUUAGGGCAGAACUUGGAUAAAUAAAUAUGCACUAACGCAUCAAUUUUGCGUUAGCCAGCGAUGGCCAUGAGAUAAUCUCCGUCUCAAAACUAAACCUGAUGUCAAAAAUGUUUAAGGUAUUCCACAAAAUGAACCCAUUCUUCACAUCCACCCCGUCCCCCAUUCACCAAGCUGAAAGGGUUGAACUGAUAUUUACAAAGUGUAAUAUUUUUGUAAUAUUUGUUAGUCCCUGUGUCAGUUUCCACAGGACCUUGCCCUUCCUUUUGUAAUGUGAACAGGAAUUGUGUGUGCGUGCGUAUGCGUGUGUGUAUGCUUUUUGUGCGUGUGGUUGUGUAUUAAAUCAUGCAGUAUUGUUGUAAUCCAGUGUUGCAGCUUUGGAUGGUACUAAAUCAAAAUAUUGCAACUUCAAAAUCACAUGCAGGAAAUGUAUGCAAACAUGCAUGUCAAAUGCAGAUUUCCUACAUCUGCUAACAGAGGCUUGAGGUAGAGUGGGGAACAGGCAGUACUGUAGGUAUUGAUGACUUAACAAUAAUUUCUGUUUAUUGUUUGGAGUUACAUUACUCCUUGGCAAUCAUCAGUUGUAUUUACUGUUAACUGCAGAGAAGCAAAUUCUUCCUCAACCCGCCAAUCUAAAAAAUAUUAUUUGCUGUUGAAUGUUAGAGUAUAUGUGAAGGCAGUUCAGAUGCGUCAGGGGCAGAGCACAAACACAUACAGAAGUAGACAGGGUGACAGACUUCACAUGGAGCUCAGGCAAACAUGAACAGGUCUGGAAUUUAGGGUGAAUCUAGCUACGUUCUCCCUCCUUCCAUUAGAGAGCACAAUCUUACGGGGCGGGCAGGGGGAACAGGGGAAAAUAUUGUGUGCAGUUUUAUCUUCAGAGCAGCAUCACUUCUUUGCUCCGUUGGCCAGGUCAGUAAUUUCCGUUUUAGAUAGUCAGUUACCAUUUUGAACACCGCUUAUCACAGUAUAUAGUACUCUUUGUGAAUUAGAAUUGCAACUGCCUUAAACAGUUCUUUCAAAACUUCUCCAAAUGCAAAGCAGAAAACUGGCUAUAUGCGCACACCUUACUCUGUUCAUAUCAUCCAUUUUGAACUUAUACCUGGCUGUGUCUGGUGAUGUUUUGGGAAUAAAAUUAGUGUUGUCUCUCAAUUUACACCAUGAAGAUCCUUUUUAUGCAUUACAUAUACAAUACAUAUAUAUUAAAGCAUACACGCAGGUAGGUGCGUGCGUGCGAGCACACACACACACACACAUAGGAUUGAUAAUAUCUUUGCUGUUUUGUGUUGGGAAUGGGAAGCAGAACAGAUGCUGAUUUAGUACAAUCCAGGUUGUAAGUCUGGAGAAUGGCUUGUUUAAUCUUUGUGCCUGAAAACAGUUUUUCACAUUUAAAAGAAAAAAAAAUUGCUGCGAUUUCUCACAAGUAUAUGGUACCUUUUUGCAGUAAAUUGGUACUGCUGGCUGGGGGGAUGUCAUGGUACAAUGGAGCAAACAACUAAUUUUCCAACACAAUUUAUUUUCCAUUGGAAGACCCUCUCUUCCUCCUCGCCCCCACUCCCCCCCACCCCCAGGUGUUGGCACAUUUUGGCUGCACCACCUGGCACUGUGCAAACUGAAGUUUGUUUCCUACCAGACCCAAAAAUUUCAAAAUCAGGGAUGUUUUAAAUUUAAAGACCAGAACUUUUGUUGAGUAAAAACUCAUCAGACAAAAUGAGAACACUUGAUUACUUUUCACUCCACUUACAUCUCAUUGGUCUCCCCUUGUCCGUCCCCGCCCCAUCCUCCUCAUUGGGACAUCUGCUUCUGUGGGUGUCAUUCCAAGACUGCUUUAACCCAUAGGACAGAAAAGAGGGUUGACCAAAAAAAGGCAGCAAAUUCACCUCCAACACACAGCUUUGAAAUAUCAUUCCAAUGAAUGUGGCUGAUGAGAAGUCUCUGGUCCCAUGACAUCCUUCCGCACUGAGUACCAACCUUUUGGUGUGCAUCAUAGUAUUUGUUUCACAUAGUGUUAUGUAUGCAUGAUCUUUUAAGGCUAAGAAGCCAUGGUAAAGCUCCAUGACAUCUAUCCAUAUAUAUAUAUAAUUAUAUAUAUGUAUAUUAUAGCACUGAGGACCAACUGCCCUGCUGGACCAAGCAAACGAAGGCUUGUUUUCAUUGCUUGUCUUUUAUGUCGUGACAGCACAAGUGCCAGUCUGAUCGCUCUGUAUUAAAAAUAGUGUUUUUAAUUAAUUGAUGUUAUAGUUCUGUCUACCUCAGCACCUCCUGUUAGCCUAAUUUUAGAAGGUGCCCAAUUUUUGUUUGUUUGUUUUUUUCAGAUUAUUGGUUACUAUUUUUUGUACAAAUCUUCUGUUUGUUUUCUCGUUCUGUUCAUUUCUUUUGCAGCACUGCUUGCGAGUCCGUUCUCUAGCCACAGAUGCAGUUAGCUAAAAAUUUAAAAAGGAAAAAAAAAUUUCCCAAAUUGUGAUGUCUCCUAGUUGCAGCUCUCCGCAUCUGCCUUCGUUCUGUGUAGAUUCAGAUGCAUUUCUUUGUAAAACUUCAGUGUUUCUGACAGAGGAAAAGAAAAAAAGAAAAAAAAAGAAUUUACUGCUGCAGGUUUUUUUUCUCUCCAUGUGUCACUAAGUGAAGUUCGUGCCUUCUAUAGCAAAGAGAAUAUUUUUUACAUCCUACUAACAGUAGAUUUUUUUGUAGUGAACAUUUUUUGUAUUUUUAUUUAUAAGUCUCAUAAGAAAAAUAGCAAUGUUCAGUUGUAUACCUUGAAUCUGCAGUUAGAAAAAAAAUAAUAAAGUUAAUUCAGUCGUCUCUG